AUGCCACUCAGCCUGCCUGCCCUCGACAUUUCGAGCGAGAUGUCACUUCCAAGUCUGGCGAAACAUCGAACGUUCUUGUUCUCACAUGGCCGUAAGCUUGUUGUGUUUCCCCGCGAAGUGAUCGUGGCCACCGGUGCCAUAAUUAGCCGCAAAUUGAUUUACGACGAGGACAUUGUUGGAGCCACAUACACAACUUUCCAGCACGACGUGUCUGAGGGAAUUGAUGCCCUAGUCGUGUGCCUCAAGAGCUCUGCCCAUAUUUAUUUGCAGGGUGGUAACUCGCACAUUGUGUGUUUCCCCUUCUCAUUGAAAGCGGUCUUCCCCUUUGAGUCUGGUUUAUUGUUGGAAAGGGAAAACGACCAGCUUUCAAGCCAUGGCCACUUCUUGCCGUAUCGCUUUUUCACCUUAGUCGAUCCAAUUGGAGACCUACGUGUGGUGACCACGUCUUCAACUUCCGUUGUGACCGCUGGCGAGUCUCUUGUGUACUUCCCGCUGAAUGGUCUUGGGAAAUCUUUUUUUCUAUGCGUAACUUUCAACGCCCGUCAAAGGUCAGUCAAUGUCUACCAUGUGAAAGAGGCGGUCCGUAACAAAGUGGUGGGUUCCAACGCGCUGAGGCGUAAACGAAACAUGUCCAUGGCUACACCAAAUCCCUCUAGGAUUCUUGAGGAUGAGCUAUACGAGUCCAUCCAGCCACCGUUUGCAUCUAGCCUACAGCUGUCCAUCAACAUGGAUAAGAAGAGAACAAGUACUCUCCUUUCGGGUGCGUCUUCUAUUGCAAGAAUGGGCUCGGAAUCAGGCCUUUCUGAACAAAGUAAACCCAUCGCAAACCAUGGCUCCAUGGAGCUAGGCACACUUCGAAAAGACAUGAUUUGGACUAAAGUUGACACAUUCGCUGCGAAGGCUAGGACCCUGCACUUGACUGUUUCCGGCCUAAUUUACGAAGACAAGGAGGCAAUUGUGAUCAGCAACAGAGCAACCAAGCAGGCCACUAUCUACAUAUACAAACUCACGUCUGGGAGUAUGCCUCAUUAUCACUCCUCCAUGUCGAUCGAUUGCCAUCAUGCCUUAUCCUUGAAUCACCCUUCAUUUCCCGGCUGGCUCCUACUGCUCGAAAACAGUAAUUCAUUACAGCUAAUUCAUCCAAUCCUAGAGAUUACUUCUCCCUCGAUCAAUUUUCCUGAGACGUAUGCAGCAAUAUUAAGCAUUGCAAGUACAGCUGAUCACUUAGUCGCCCUCAGAUCGGCGACUGAAACGAGAGAUUCAAUAUAUAUAAAUAUUGUUCUUGAACCACGCAACAAGCUAGUACUGACAUGUUUGAAAAUAUGGAAAUAUUUAUCAGGGUCUAAACUAAACGAAAGUGUGUGGGUGCUUUGGAGAUCAGCGAUUCUGUUGGAAAAUACGCGUGACGACUGGAAAGCUUAUGUCAUUACAAUCCUCUCUCUCAUAUACCCGUUUGAUACUCAAGAAGACCCCGAAAUCCCCAGAAAUGAGAUAACUGAAUUAAUUCCAGCAGCUCGGAUGCUACAUGAGGCUUUCACCAUUGACUAUCUGCUUCAUGAUCUUUUUCCAUACAUAGUAGUCUCAUUGCACUUGGUUUAUGAAGAGACCAGACUUAAUGCUCUCAAAGGGCACCAACUUACAAAACUUGGCAUCUUGCUCACGCAAUUGACCACAUGGAUGGGAUGGCUGGAACAUUGGACUUCUUACUACAUGAUUGAUCAAACCAAUAUUGACAAGUUCGUGAAACUUCUACUGAUCUCAUUAGUUUACAAUCCCCCCAACAUAUUUGAGCAUUUGAUAUCUCUCUUUGAACAUAGAAGGUCUCGGUUUCUUCAAAUUUCUCAAUUGGUUGAAGAGGGCGAUGAAGUAAACAAAGAGAUAACACCAAGAACUAAUUCAAUCUGUGAGAUUUUCUCACUUCUUGCUUCUAAGAGACUGACUCCAAAUGUUAUCGUGAAGGCUUGUUUCGAGUAUGGGUUGUCACCUAGCAAAUUGGAAUCACUCCCCACUGGAGUUCGUAUUCCACUAAAAAACUGCCUUCUGUGUUGCCAAAAGGAUCCUGAAUUUGAAUGGAACAGUUCCAUUUUUGAUUUAGUGGGUAGGCGAGAUUUACCCUUGCUUUCAAAACCUGAUCGCUCAAUUCCAGAGAGUAAUGUUCAUUUGCAUUCGCUAGGUAAUUCUAACAGCCGUGACGCAAACUCCAUAGCCGAUUCACUUUCAAACAAACAUGAUUACUCUAUGGCUUGGGAUGAGCAGUCAGAGGCAGAUCGGCUCAAAAUUACGAAGCUCAUGUUCGACAAAGAUAGAAGAUUCUUUGAAAUCACCACUCUUUUACAUCAAACGAGAAUUCAAACUACCAAUCUCAACAUCAAAGAUGGUAUGAGUGAAUACGACUCCACCUUAUUGAAGCGCGAAACUGCCUCACUAGUUGCUUUGAGAACAUUAACGAUUCCCUUGGGUAGAGCUGCUUUGUUUUAUGCUGGAAGAGUCCCUUUACUUACUGAGAAGUUUCCAAUAUCCAAAUUUAAUCUCAAUACACUCAUUGCUCCAUCAAUGACGACCAUAGUACUUGAAGAAGGCUCACUACACAAAAAAGUUACAGAUUGGGGUCAUUUCCAUAAUGGUGUAUCUUCGGGCCUUAGUAUAAGUCCUUCUGCUUCAUGCAUCUCUGGUAGUUGGGUCAUCUACAACAAACCAGCUGAAAAUAAUGCUCAACAUGCCGGCUUUUUACUCGGAUUGGGUCUCAAUGGUCAUCUAAAACUGUUGGAGGAAUGGCACAUCUAUAACUACUUAGGCCCCAAGCAUCCACUUACAAGCGUUGGUCUCCUUAUAGGGAUGGCUGCUAGCAUGAAGGGAACAAUGGAAAAUAAGCUCACAAAAGUCUUAUCAGUUCAUGCUGUUGCUUUGCUACCUCAAGGAGCAAACGACUUGAAUGUGCCCACAAUCGUACAGUCUGCGGGUCUAGUCGGUAUAGGCUUGCUUUACUUGGAGACUCAGCAUCGCCGUAUGAGUGAAAUACUUUUGUCCCAACUCGGUGAGUUCCAGCCACAUGCGGACAAUCAUGACGAGGAAGAGAGCUAUAAAUUAGCCGCUGGUAUCGCCUUGGGGUUUAUUAAUUUGGGUAAAGGUGAUGAUUUGAAAGGUUUAAAUGACACGCACGUUGUCAAUAAACUCUUGUCGUACGCCAUAUCCAUGAAAGAUGCCCAUUCAGAAGAUGAAUCCGACAAAUCAAGUUCGGGUGCUAUCAUAGCUCUUGGAUUCAUCUACUUGAGGACAAGAAAUGCCACCAUAGCCACAAAGUUGCAAAUUCCCACAUCUGAACAACUUUUGGACUACGUGCGCCCAGAUCUCUUGCUAUUAAGGUGCCUAUGUAGGAACUUGAUCUUAUGGGAUAAUAUUCAACCCACGAGAAUGUGGGUGGAGAGCCAAAUUCCAGAUGUGCUUCUCAAGCGGCACGACAUCAACGCUCUUCAUGAUUUGGACAGCGAUCAAAUCAAUAUGUUUAAUAUCUUGGGGGGCGCAUGUCUUUCUGUGGCUAUUAAGUACGCAUCGCUGCAUGAUGUUCGGGCUAGAGAUGUUAUUUUGCAUUAUUUGGAUAUCACUAUGGUCAUUUCUGUGGCAUCAACUGACACAUACGACCAGAAGCUUUCUUUGAGCAGUGUUUGCCAACUUCAAGACUUAUUAUGUCUCUGUUUGUCUGUUGUCAUGGCCGGCAGUGGAGACAUUGAAGUGUUUCGUCGCUUGCGGGUGCUUCAUGGCCGGAUUCAUAAAAACUUUGAUUUUGGCGCACACAUGGCAACAAGCAUGGCUCUAGGAAUUCUUUUUCUUGGGGGUAGCCAGUAUGGAUUUGGCGACACUAAUUUUGCAAUUGCGGCCUUGAUUGUUUCAUUAUACCCUGUGUUCCCGAAUGAGGAUAGUGAAAUAGAAGUUCAUUUGCAAGUAUUGCGGCAUUUUUGGGCGUUGUCUAUUCAGCCCCGGUGUUUGGUUGUUCGAGACGUAAAGGAUGGUUCACCUAUUAAACUACCAGUACGCAUCGGAUAUAAAGACGGUUCUAUCAAAGAAGCGGAAUCGCCAGUUCUCCUUGGGGACAUGUCCCGAAUCUUGUCAAUUCAAGUGGAUUCCGAGUCAUAUUUUAAAGUUUCGAUUGACUUCCUGGUGAAUUCUGGUUAUCUUGAGCAAUUCAAGAACUCCCUUACCAUUUUCGUGCUCAGGAAGCUGAACUACGAACUUCUAAAAGCGUCUGUGGGCUCUUUGCUUGAUAGCAAAAGUUCACAGCUCCAUAUUACUGAAGGAGGGGCAAAAACAACUCUUCGGAAGCUCCUCAAUCUGAAAUUGCGAACAGGCUCUUCGUCGUUUGAAAAAGGCGUGUAUAUUCGGGAAUCAGGCCUUGCAAUUCAAAACCGUGCUUCUGAGGAGGUUAAUUCUGGUCUUUCCAUCUUCAACAUUUUCGAUGAUAAAUUAGAAUUGACCCACAAUGCGACUGCCCCAAAGCGAUUGGAAGAUGUCUUGAAUUUGAAACUACUUAUAGCCUACGCAGACUGCAAACUCCUGGACGAGCAUUUCUAUCUCGAUGUGCAGUUCAUCGAGACUAUAAAAAGAAGCAUUUGGGAAAUAACUCAUUGA